AUGGACAGCCUGGACUUUUCAGAAGAGGAAAUUCAAGAACAGCUGGCUGCCCUCGGCUACAAAAACAUACCAAAACACAGGCUCAUUGAAUUCAAACAAGAUCUCGAUAAACUGAUACAGGAUGGAGAGUUGAAAAGUCUGGCCACAGCGACACACACCAGAGCUAAACCAUCCACGUCAGAGCUAAGACAUCAUCUCCCUGCUUUUACCAAAGAAAAAGUCAGUCAGUGCUACAUUAAAAGCAACGGUGAGGGGUUUUUCUUGCAUCCUGGAAAAGGAGGCCACGACAGACAGCCGCUCGCCCCUAAUGAGAACAGAAGUUAUGGAUGGCAGCAGACUCUCCGGGACGCCUAUGCUUACCACUCGGUAGCACCCAGGCUGCAGCCCCCGCCGGAGGCCCCCAGCAGGCUGCAGGUGGAGGCAGAUACUGACGACAGCCUGCCUUCACUCCUGUCCAACAGCGCCACCUCCUCCCCAGACACGCAGCAGAGGCGCUUCGUCAAAAGAAAAGUCCUCAGGAAACAUAAAGGCCAGUCCCUUGUCUGUGAUGAAUCUUUCUACAGUGAAGACUCAGAUGUGGCGAGCCGCCUGGAGGAGCAGCUGGCCGACCUCCAGCUGUCCACCUCAGCGCGGCGGCGCUUCCAGGAGGAGGACGACGCCGACGCCAGCACGGAGAGCGACACCCCCAGCUCCCAGACCGACGGCAUCUCUCUGAGCGCCUUCGAAUCCUACAUCAGAGGCAUGACGGGGACUCGGAGUGACGGGGACGUCAGGCAGAAGCCCAAAUCCUUUAUUCGACCAGUGAUGAGUCAACAGACCCUGAAGAAGACGGAUCCAGUGGCAAAGUAUUUCCAGUACAAGCAGCUUUGGGACAUGUUCAAACUUCCAGGAGAGGCAGACAGGAAAGCCCUGCGCUGGGAGAUAAAGGAGCGACUGGCCUACCAGCCCCCACCUCCCAAACCUCGGCGGGUGUACGUGCCCAACACCUACGUGGUGCCAACGGAGAAGAAGCGCUCGGCGCUGCGCUGGGAGGUCAGGAACGACCUGGCCAGCGGCCUCCCCCCACACAGAUUCACAUAUCGCUUUUAG